GUCACACACACACCAUUAGAAUGGUAGUUUCAAAGACUCAGGGUUCAGGUCAAGUAGGCUGCCCAAAAUAGUUAAAACUGCCUCUGCCAGCUUUUGUACCCGAUUAAGAUUAUCCUUUUUUUCCAUCUCUCACUCAGUACCAAUUCAAAGCAAUAACAACAGUUGGUUACCCUCGUCUUGUACGACAAUUCCCUCCAGCUUUUUUCUUGUGGUUAUAUUAUUUAUAUAUAUUGCAAGUAAAAAGACUAUGGAAAUCAAAUUUUGGGGUUUGUUGUUGAAAGGAGAGAGACGAUGAGAGGUUUUGAGAGAGCAGUGGAAUGGCUUAGAUCAUUUGUUUAUAGCAAUGCUUGGGAUUUCUGCGUUGUUUGGAAAUUGGGUGAUGAUCCGUCUAGGUUUAUUGAAUGGAAGGACUGUUGCUGUAGCGGUGGUAUAAAUGUUAAAGUAGAACAAGAUAAACUUCAGCUUCAGGGUCCUCCUCUAUGCAGGGAUGCUCAGUUCCAGCAUUCCAUAAGAUCAAAGGCUUGUGAAGCCCUCUCCCAUUUUCCUUUUGCCGUGUCUCUCUAUGCUGGUGAAAACAGGAUUCAUGGAGAGGUGGCUAUUUCAAGUCAACCAAAGUGGCUUAACCAUGCCAAUAUCUCCACUUCCCUUUCCUCAGAAGAGACAAUGGGAACCCAAGUUCUGAUCCCAGUUUUUGGCGGUCUCAUCGAGCUCUUUGCUUCAAAGAAUAUACCAAAAGAUCAAAACAUCGUAGAGUUAAUAAGAACUGAAUGCAAUGCACUUUUAAAAGCAGAAACUACAACAGCAGAAAGCUAUAGAAAAGCAAAUCUUCACAAAUGGUAUCUCAACACAUUGCAAGAAAAAGACUUGCCAUUUUCCAUGAGCUUGUCAACCGUGAAUCCCAGAAUACAAUUCAUUCCCUCUAUUGGACAUCCCCCCUUUUCUUCAGCUUCUGCCUAUAUUUCUCAAGAUGAGCAAUUGAAACAGCCAAUUGGCACAUAUUAUGGAACAAAAAGACUAGGAUGCAGCCAAAAUGUGUGUGCGCAACAAACAGAAAUAGGGCUUGUUUUGGAUUGUAAAGUUAAUUCUGUAAAUGACAAAAUGAGAACUGCCAAGCAGCCAGAAAAAGUGAAUUACCAUUCUAAGAAUCUUAUCACAGAGAGGAAUAGAAGGAAGAAGAUAAAAGAUGGGCUGUUCAAGUUACGAGCUUUAGUCCCCAAGAUAUCCAAGAUGGAUAUAACUGCUAUUCUUACAGAUGCAAUGGAAUAUAUAGGAAAUUUACAGGAGGAGGAAAAGAAACUCCGGAAUGAGCUCAAGGAAACCGAGGAAGGGGACUGUGGAAAGAGCAAUGCAGAACUGAAGUCUGCGAAGUUAGACUGGCUACAUAGGAAAAACAUGUCUACCAUUGAAGAAAACCAUAUUCCCAGUGGCAUAUCUGAAAUGGCAAAAAUUGAGGUACAUGUAGAGGUGAACCAAAUAACCAAAAGAGAGUUUUGGAUUAAGCUGUGCUAUAAGCACAAGAGAAGUGGGUUUGCAAAGUUGAUGGAGGGUAUGGAUUCUUUGGGACUUGGGGUGAUUGAUGCUAAUAUCACAACAUUUAAUGGAAACGUGCUCAACAUUUUCAAAGUCGAGGCAAACAGGGAUUUCGAGUCCAGGCAAUUGAGAGACUUGUUGACCCACCUAACAAACUAGAUAAACAACGUUAUACAGUGUAGAAAAUGUACAAAGAAAAUGGAUAGUUCAGCUUCUUACGUAUAGCUGCUCCAACAGUCAUGUCUCGGAACUUUGGGCUGUAAAAUUUUAGUGGGUUUGAUGCUGCUUCUUACUUAUAGCUCUGGUUUUUACCAAAUUCUAUAUAAAAUUGCUAACUCUAUGAUUACAAUGAAGUUUUUG